AUGAACCCUGAAGAAGUAAAAUUUGGAGACACUGAUCCCAGGAAUGAUGGAAUUAAUAACAAACCUUCACUGUCUGCCUGGCCAAGCCAUGUUGUUCCUCAGGGACAGUAUGUGACCCUCUUUUGUGACACUCACAGUGAGUUUAACUUAGUCAAGCUGUACAAAGAGCAUGGGGAUACUAUGCUUCAUGUCUAUAACAGAAUGUUCCGGCAGAGUCUUCUCUUGGGGCCUGUGACCCCAGCAUUUGGAGGAACCUACAGAUGCUAUAGUUAUAAACAUCAAUACCAUAAUGAACUCUCAUCACACAGUGAGCCUCUGAAGAUCAUAAUUUCAGGAAUCUACAGGAAACCUAUCCUACUGGCCCUACCAACUCCUCUGGUAAAAUUAGGAGAGAAGACGACAUUGAAGUGUCACUCAGAGAUUAUGUUUGACAUUUUCAUUUUGACUUCACAUAGAAUGGGAAUAAACAAGGACUCUUAUCAGCUCUCUGCAGAAUAUCAUUUUGGAGGAUCCAAUGCCAACUUCCCAAUAGGACCAGUAACACCUGAGCAUACUGGGACUUACACAUGCUACGGUUCUUACAAGAAUACACCAUAUGAGUGGUCUGAAUCCAGUGACCCUGUUGACAUAAAGAUCACAGGUUUGUACAAGAAACCUUCUCUGUCUGCCCUGAUGGGAACUGUGGUGACAUCAGGAGAGAACAUGACCUUGUCCUGCAUCUCUGACUAUCAGUUUGACGUGUUCCAUCUGUCCAUGAAAGGGUUGCCUCUGGGACAUGGGUUGCCUGCAGAGGAGAGCCACAGUGGAACAUUCCAGGCCAACUUCCUUUCUGUUCCUUUGAUCCAGGCAGAAACGUAUAGAUGCUAUGGUUCCUUCAGGAACUCUUCCCAUGUGUGGUCAUCUCCAAGUGAUCCAUUGUACCUUUCGAUCACAGGAAUAUUAAAAAGAAGCCAGAAAGAGACAUCUAAGGAGCCAGAGAAACUGAACUUGGAGGAAAACAGGUAUGUGAUCUUCAUUCACUUAGGCCAGGACAGGGCCACUGAGUUAGGGCUUUACAAAGAGAAAAGGACUUGUACAUCUAUUGAGAUUACUAAUAGCAGUAUGGAUACGGGUUUAAUCGCUGAAACAAGGGAUGACUCAAAAGCAUUACUGAAAACACAUCUCAAUAUGGGUGAUUUUUAUGAAAGACAAAACCAUGGAGCUCCCUGCACAACUUUCUGGCAGCUGAAUGGGUCUUGGAUAUCUCCUUUUAGAAUUCAGCAGGAAAAGUAA